GAGUGCUGGUCAAUGCAGAGAUAAAGCGUCUCUGAGCUGAAGACUUGCACCAAAGAAUGUGGAUAAACCUUUUGUGAAACAGCUCUAGCAUUCGUCCUUGGUGAAUUGAUGGAGAUGCAGGACCAGGAGUCUCUGGGGAGAUGGGACAGGCUGGGGAGCCGGGAUGCCAGCUCCAGAGCCGAAGCAAUGGAGAUAAUCUGCCUGGAGGUCACGAGAAAAGUGGAGGCCAUCGGACCUAUAACAUCAUUGCCACAUUCUCCUCCAGCCUCGGGAAGUCCGCCAAAAAACGACUUGAAUGACACCCUGGCUCACAUUCUCAUGCUCGCCAAACGGUGUCCGUUUGAAGAUGUCAGAGAGCGAUUUGUCCAGCUGCUGCAAGGCAUCCAGGACUUGGGAGUUAGGAUCCCAAGACCUCUAGGUAACGGACCAAGCAGAUUUAUCCCCGAAAAAGAGAUUCUUCAAAUCAGUAAAGUGGACACCAGGACGCAGUCAAUAUUUGAGGAUGCGUUUGCAGCCCUCGGUCGCCUCGACAACAUUUCUCUGGUGAUGGGCUUCCAUCCACAGUACCUGGAGAGCUUUCUCCGGACGCAGCACUACCUGCUGCAGAUGGAUGGACCCCUGCCUCUGCACUACAGACACUACAUCGGCAUCAUGGCAGCAGCAAGACACCAGUGCUCCUACUUGGUCAACCUACACGUGAACGAUUUCCUCCAGGUAGGAGGAGAUCCUAAAUGGUUGAACGGUCUGGAUGAAGCCCCUAAGAAGCUGCAGCUGCUCGGAGAGCUGAACAAAAUCCUCGCCCACCGGCCUUGGCUUCUCACCAAGGAACACAUCGAGGGCCUUCGGAAGGCUGAGGAGCACAGCUGGUCCCUGGCAGAGCUGAUCCACGCCGUGGUCCUGCUCACACACUAUCACUCCCUCGCUUCCUUCACAUUCGGCUGCGGCAUCACACCUGAGAUCCACUGCGAUGGCGGACACACGUUCAGACCCCCCUCUCUUAGCCAGUACUGCGUGUGUGACAUUGCCAAUGGAAAUGGCCACGCUUAUCACCACGAUGAGCUGGGCAACCAGGAAAUGUGUGGUGAGGUGGAGGUCCUCAUGGAGAGGAUGAAGCAGCUGCAGGAGUGCCGUGAUGACGAGGAGGCCAGCCAGGAGGAGAUGGCGACUCGCUUCGAGAGGGAGAAGACGGAGAGCAUGUUGGUGGUCACAGCUGAGGAGGAGGAGUGUGUCCCCUCCAGAGACAUCUCUCGCCACUUUGAGGACACCAGCUAUGGCUACAAGGACUUCUCCAGGAGGGGGGAGCACGUGCCCACGUUCAGAGCGCAGGACUACAGCUGGGAGGACCACGGUUUCUCACUGGUCAACAGAUUGUAUCCUGAUGUUGGUCAGAUGCUGGACGAGAAGUUUCAGAUGGCUUACAAUCUGACAUACAACACCAUGGCGACACAUAAGGAUGUGGACACCAGUAUGCUGCGCAGGGCCAUCUGGAACUACAUCCACUGCAUGUUUGGCAUCAGGUAUGACGACUAUGAUUAUGGGGAGAUAAACCAGCUCCUGGACCGCAGCUUUAAGAUCUAUAUUAAGACCAUGGUGUGCAGCCCCGAGAAGACCACCAAAAGAAUGUAUGAAAGUUUCUGGAGGCAGUUUCAGCACUCCGAGAAGGUCCACGUUAAUCUGCUUCUUAUGGAAGCACGAAUGCAGGCAGAACUGUUAUACGCUCUGAGAGCGAUCACACGCUACAUGACAUGAAGUGCUUUUUGGCGUUUUCAUCGUUGUCCUUUUUACUGUCGUUACUUAUUAUGGGACACUGAAAAUCAAUGGGGGGAGGGGGGGGGUCAACAAAAAUCUGGAAAAGAUCCCUUGUUUGAGACGAUGCUUGCUGGUUGGAUGUUGAGAAGAGGAUCAGAACAAACAUAGAAAGCAAGGGAGGAAGAAAAAAAAGAAUCAUCUCAAACUACGAGUGAAUGCACGCAUCAAGAUGUUCCACCUGCAGUGCCAAGACUGACCAAGAGGAGACAGCCUGGUGCAAACUCCUGCCUUGCUAAAGGGGUUUGCACCAGGCCUGGGCAUCAACGGGAGACAUCCAGGACUGCAUUUCAGUAUUCAAGCAGGCAACUCAUCGGUUUCCAAUCUCACCUGUCUCCUGGUAGAUUGAGAAAAUCCCCAGAAAUAUGUGCAGCCAGAAACAGUCUGCACUUUUGAUUCUGUUGUCACUGUGUUUUAUUUGUUUAGUUUCUUUAAUACCUUUUUUUUAUUUCAUUUUUUUUUUUGUAUUAUGAGGAAGUGGAUUUUGUUGAUGUGGAAACUGGAGACAGACACAUUAACUCUAGGCAGUGGUUGUUCUUUUUUUUUUUAAGUGUGCCUGAACUAUCCAGCACAGUGUGCAUACGUGCUGAAGCUGCUGCUGCUCCCAUGUUGUAUUUUCAUGGGAUCACAUUGAUCCCCAAAUCACCCCUCACCCAAUUCCCUCAAUCCUUUUUUAAAUAAGCCCCUGUCCAUUAGAAAUCCAUUGCAUUACCCCAACCCAACCCUACCCACUUCCCAAAUGUCAAUGUAAGCUAAUCUGAGAUGUGGAAAACCAGAAAGAUGUGGAAAACAACUCAAAGAACACUGUCUGAGCCCUGUUUGAGUGUGAUUGUACACGUGUCAUGAUGACUGAGGUGUGAAUGUGUUUAAGAGUGGAGAAAAGUAUGUCUUGGAAUUUCAUGUGUCAAAAAAGAAAAAAAAAAGCGAGGCACUUUGAAGGAAAGCCUUCUUGCUUCUGCUGUAGCUGUUUUUGUGAGAUAAUUAUCUUUUGUCGUGUCUUUUAUUUUUCUGGAAAUGUUGAGAAAAAGAAAAAAAACUAAUCAAAAGCUAGAAGCCAGGGUUUCCAGGAGGGAUUUGCUUCCGGUUGUCCUAACCGCACCGUGUCUGUCUUCCGCUUAUCCCAUCCAGCUGCCUGGUUUCCCUAACACUUUUCAAAGCUUUGGAUUGUGAAUUUUACCAGUAAAUGAAUACCUCUUCUGUUUUUCUUUAUGAAACAUGUAUGAAAUGCUCUUUUGAUGAGCAGAGACUCUUUCUGGGCUGCUGUGUUUCCCGCUGCUUGGGGACCUGGCGUGCCCACACGGGGCCGACUGCGGUCGAUGGCUUUCGAACGCAAAAGGUUGUAGCUGUGCUUAUUUCCCAGCUGGGGGAGUCUAACCAGUGCAAAAGCAGCAUCUUUUUUUUUUUUUGUUUUUAGUUUUAAACAGAGAUGUGAAAACUCUGCAGUUCUUUGUUUUUUUGUUUACUAAAAAUCCUUAAAGUACUGCAUUCUUCUGAGGGUGGAUUAAGGAAUAAGACAGAUGAACGAGUGAUAUCCAGAUGGCGAGGAGGAGGAAGAUGGCAGCAGUGAUAAAGGAAUGGUACAUUUGAAAGUGGACUGAGAGGAACUGGAGCGUUUUUGUUUAUUUUUCUCCCAAUUUUUUUUUUUCAAACUUCUGACUGAUGUCAGUUAAACCUUUUUAUAUGAAAGUAUAUGAAAAACGUGAAAAAUAAACUAUAAUAUUAAA